AUGGAUAAACCGUGCUGUAAGUUUGUUGUCUCCGGGACGCUCCUUCUGUUUGGAAUUGUGUCUAUUCUACUCCUUAAUGUAUCUGUAGAUGAAAUAAAAGAACCCCCAGAGUACAUGUAUGGGAUUGUUCUGGAUGCUGGAUCCUCACACACUGCUAUGUACAUCUACAGAUGACCGGCAAACAAGCUGAAUGGCACAGGUGUGGUCACCCAGCACAGCGAGUGUCAUGUUAAAGGAGGGGGAAUCUCAAGUUAUGCUGGGCAGAAGGGUGCAGCAGGCCGCAGCCUGGAGGGGUGCUUGAAACAGGCCAUGCAGGACAUUCCCCAAGAUCGACAUCACAGUGCACCUAUAUAUCUAGGAGCCACUGCUGGAUUGAGACUUCUGAAUUUAACCAAUCCUGAGAAAUCAGCUAAGGUUCUUGAAAAUGUAGGAGAAAAUAAAUCCUUUCCAUUCAGCUUUCAAGGAGCAGUUAUUUUGAGUGGUCAAGAGGAGGGAGCCUAUGGCUGGAUCACUGUAAACUACCUGCUUGAAAACUUCAUAAAGUAUGGCUACGUGGGCCAUUGGCUUAAUUCUGGCAGAAAAACUGUGGGAGCGCUGGAUUUGGGAGGGGCGUCCACGCAGAUCACCUUUGAGACCCCAGAGACGAUUGAGGACACGGGAAAUCACAUGACCUUGCGUCUCUAUGAGCAGGAGUAUUCUCUCUACACACAUAGUUACUUGUGUUAUGGUAAACAAGAAGCCCUACGCAUGAUAUUGGCGAACCUCAUUACAUUACAGGGUAAUACAAGUGUGGUCUACCAUCCCUGCUACCCAUCUGACUUUGUUGAAUCCUUAAAGCUGGAGAAAGUAUUUGACUCACCUUGCACAGAGACAUUGAGACCUAAACCUUACAACCCUCAUUCCUGGAUAAGAGUGCAAGGCACCGGGGACUAUGCCAGCUGCCUUAGCAACACUUCUACAAUAUUUAUCUUCAACCUCUGCCCCUUUUCUCAGUGUUCCUUUAAUGAAGUUUUCCAGCCCAACAUCAGUGGGGGUUUCAUGGCCUUCUCUGCCUAUUUUUUCACUUACAGUUUUCUUCAGCAAAGUACAGGGAUAAAGAUCAGCACCUCUACUCAGCUACAUGAAGCUACCCAGGCUGUGUGUAACAUGACCAUAGAUGAGAUGACAAACAAAGCUCCCGACUUGAAAAAAUACAUAAAGGAAUAUUGUGCAGUUGCAGUGUAUAUGCAAGUGCUGAUGCUGAGAGGUUACCACUUUGAUGAGCGUUCCUUCCAAAAUGUUGCUUUCCAGAAAAAAGGUAAAGCAUCUCUGGGAUGGGCACUGAGUUAUAUACUCAGUGUUAGCAGUCUUCUUCCAGAGGAACCUGUGGGGAUCAGAAAAAGCUUGUGCCCUGGAGCAUGGAUUGGCCUGUUGGUUCUCCUAAACCUUCUCUUUUUUGCCACCCUCUUGUACUUUGCUUUUCUAGUAUUUAAUAUGAAUAGGAGUAAUGAUGUCUCAUAGCAUGCAAUUAUUUCUUUGUCCCAUAUUUUUCCAUUUGUGCAGAAUAUCUUCAAAACAUGCCUCACAGAGAGUAUUGUUUCAUAAUAACAAAGCAUUUCAACAUUUCACAUCACCUGGUACAUAGUUACGGAAACAUAUUUUGUGAUUUGGGUUUUGAUGUUCUGCCUUUACUCAUAUGCAAAUUAAGAUUAACAAUCCAGGAAAUUACUUAAUUCUUCUUAAAGCCUCUUGGAAACUAAAUACUAGAUACUAUACAGUGUAAUUGUGCAUGUGCUCUCUGUUAAGUUUGAAUUUUACAUUAUAUAAACAACAUAAUAAUGGCAUAAGAGCUAAAUGUGAUGCAUGGUUACUAUUUUAACAUAUUCCAGCUAACUUUGUUUGGUUUCUUGUUCUUUCUUUGUGUCUUGUGUGAUGCACAGCUUUAUUCGAGGAAUUACUGUAUUUGUUAUUUUUUAAAGCAGACUGUCAAUGUAUUCAAUUAUUUUGAACUGUGGUUAAAGCAGGACAUAAAGCUAAAUCUGUUUAACUUUAGUUCACCAUUGCCUUCAGUUAAUGUGCAAUAAGAA